CCCUCCCUCGCCCGGCCAGCCCACUUCAAUCUCGCCGGCCACGGGCCACCUCACCUCGCGUGGCCGGCCUCCCGUCCCCUCGGACUCAACGACUAGUUGAGCGCUCGCGGUGGUCCGUCGCCGCCGCGGCUCCGGUCGGGCGAGGGGAGGAGGAGGUUCAUGAGGCUGCUGUAGGCUCCGUUGCAGCCGCCGCGGGCGGGAGUCCGUGAUUUUGGACGCCCCACCGCGGCGAGAUCCGAGAGUGGCGUUGGCUGUUGUGCCGUGAGUCUCGCUUUCGGUGGUGGGUUGCUUCAUUCAGCUCGCUGAGAAGUAGGAGCAGGGGCGGCCAUGGCGGGGUCGAGGUUCGGGUCGUUCAAGUCGGAGAAGGGCGACUCCGCCUCCGCGGCGGCGGGGGCGGGGGCGGAUGGAGCGGCGCAGAGGAGGGACCCGUACGAGGUGCUCGGGGUGGGCCGCACCGCCACCGACCAGGAGAUCAAGAGCGCGUUCCGACGCAUGGCGCUCAAGUACCAUCCGGACAAGAAUGGUGAUGACCCUGUUGCAUCAGACAAGUUCCAGGAAGUCACAUUCUCCUACAAUAUCUUGUCAGAUCCAGAUAAGAGGCGGCAGUACGAUACAUCAGGAUUUGAUGCAAUUGAAUCCGAUAGUCAGGAAUUGGAGCUGGACCUAUCGAGUCUCAAUACUGUAAAUACGGUGUUUGCAGCUCUUUUUAGUAAGCUUGGUGUGCCAAUUAAAACAACUGUUUCAGCAACAGUUUUGGAGGAGGCAUUGAAUGGAUCGGUUAUGGUUUCUCAACUCCAGCUAGGAAACUCAGUGCAGAGAAAGGUGGAAAAGCAAUCGGCCCAUUUCUAUUCUGUGGACAUAACUGAAAAACAAGCUAAAAUGGGGCUAGUUUGUCGUGUUCACUCAAACGAUAAGAGCAAAUUCAAGUUGCUUUAUUUUGAGCUUGAAGAAAAUGGUGGGCUUAGUCUUGCACUACAGGAAGACAGUGUGAAGGUUGGGAAAGUUACUGCUGCAGGGAUGUAUUUCCUUGGUUUUCCUGUGUACCGUUUUGAACAAAAUAACCUGGCAGCUGCUGCAAAGGAUUCUGAUGGUGCAUUCUUUAAAAGAUUGGAUAGCUUUCAGCCAUGUGACAUACAUGAACUGAAACCUGGAACCCACUUCUUUGCUGUCUAUGGUGACAAUUUCUUUAAGACCGCAAGUUAUACUAUAGAGGUUGUAUGUGGUGAAUCUUUUCCUGCCGAAAAGGAGAUGCUACGAAAUGUGGAGGCAAAGAUACUCACAAAACGAGCUGAACUUUCCAAAUUUGAGUCAGAGUAUAGGGAGGUUUUGGCAAAGUUCACUGAAAUGACCAGCAAAUACACACAAGAAAUGCAAGCGAUUGAUGAUCUUCUGAAGGAAAGGAAUGAGAUCCAUGCUUCCUAUACCAACAAUCCACCUCUAAAACGGAGUUCCAGCAGGAAUAAAGGCAAGUCACCUUCGAAAGUGGCCAAAACCGAUACAGAAAAACAACCUCAGAAGGAAAAGAAAGUGAAGGAUCACUGCAUGGCGGGAUAUGGAAGUGACAGUGAUAACUCAAAAAGUGAAAAGAAAUCAAAAGAGCGGUUCCCAAGGAAGAAAUGGUUGAACAUUCCAUUCAAACUUGACAGGAGAAAGACAUGCUGAGCAAUGAAGUCCCUCUCGGCCCAACACUAGAUUGAUAUACAGAGCAUUUUCACUGUGGCCUCCCAAACCAAGCCCUCUCCCACUGUUACCACUUUUCUUCGUUGUACCCGAAUUAUUUCAUGUAAAGAUCACAUGUGAGCAUAAGAAUUGAAACGUGAGUCAUUUUAGCUUAUAUUUUGUGAAGCCUUUGCUGGCAAGUGGCUGUUCUUGGCAUUGGAUCAAACUGAGGGUGCCCUGCUUCCGAUUCCCUGGUGCAUGGGCAUGAGAUCUAGAGGAUAUACCUGAUGCCUAUGUAUGGCAUGUAAAUUUGUAUAUGCUGCGAAUCGUAGUACCAGCUAUAUACUUGUUCUAAGAAUCUUGAGUGUCUUUUUACUGCAUCUGUAAAUAUUCCUCUACUGAUGUAAAUACAAAAUUCCAUUUUCCUCGCA